AUGAGUGUCAACGAAAGUCUCCUGUGCAGUUCACCACUGCGAGGACCUCCGACCUACCUGACACCAACUACAACGUCGCUCGACCUCGCUUCGCUCGGUCUCGCUUCCCCCAACCCUAACCGGCUAAAUACUAUAUUCGAGAUAGAUGCAACAAGCGCCGACCGAGGCGCUUAUCGUCCCGGCGGCUAUCGGGCGCAUCUGAUGCGCCUGAUGGCGGCGGGCGGUGAUGGCGGAUCAUCCCGCCCCACGAACGUCGGGCCGACGUCGGUGAUGCGCCUUACGGCCAUCAGCGGGCGGUCCCCCGACGGUCUGGAUCCACCACGUGACUAUGACGUCAUACAUACGUCAUCUUUUGACCGCGCCAACCGGUCUUAA